AAUGCACACUUCACUCACGAUCAGUCUACUCCAUCAAACUAAAACUUAAAGACCUAAAUAUCACCAGGAAGGAGAGAGGCUUUGUUGACUCUUUUUGUUGCCUAAAUGAGACAGGUUAAUAGGUUACUUUUUUAAGUCAGUUGGUCAUGUUUCCCAGCCCCAGCACGUCCACUCCCUUCUCUGUAAAAGACAUAUUAAACCUGGAGCACAGUCAUGAUGCCUUGGUGUCUUCUCUGGAUGUCUCCUCUCGGAUGGACUGCUGCACCGUGCCGACCUCCUCCUCGUCCACCUCGUCCUCCUGUAUGCUGGCCCGGCUCAAGCAGGAGCCUCUCCGGGACAUGUCGUCCUCAAACACCGCCGGAUCGCUGUUUGGAGAAGACAGAGGCCAUGCUCUCAACUUUGCAAAUACAUAUUAUGGGAAAUCUCUCCUGGAGUUGGAUUUGGUGAAGGAUGGGAAAUCCGACGUGUUUCAGGCUAAAAGAAGAAAAGAGGAGUUCAGUCCUUCAAUUGUCCCAGUGGAGGAGAUCAAACCGGAGGAUCCGGACCGGCCGAAGCCGCGCAGACGCCGGAAGCCGCGCGUCCUCUUCUCGCAGGCGCAGGUGUACGAGCUGGAGCGCCGCUUCAAGCAGCAGAGGUACCUGUCCGCCCCGGAGAGAGACCACCUGGCCGGAGUCCUCAAACUGACCCCGACCCAGGUGAAGAUCUGGUUCCAGAACAGGAGGUACAAGUGUAAGCGGCAGAGGCAGGACCAGAGCCUGGAGAUGGUGUCUCUGCCGCCGCCCAGGAGGGUGUCGGUGCCGGUGCUGGUGCGGGAUGGGAAGCCGUGCCUGGCGGCGGACACAGCGGCCUACAACCCCUCUUACAGCAUGGGUCACAUCAACCAUUUCACUUAUAACAACUAUCCGGCCUUCAGUAACUACACCGGCCCCGGCUGCAACACAAACUAUGCCUGUAGUUACCCAGCAGCCACCAUGACGGGAUCCAACAACAACGGGAACUACAUGAACUUUGGGGUGGGAGACCUGAACAAUGUGCAGAACUCUUUCUCCUCUAGUAACGGAGUUUCUUCGUUACAUGGCAUCAGGACGUGGUGAAAAAAUAAGUGCUCAUAUUCAUUUAAAGGGAUAGUUUUGAUGCAUGCAUUUUGAACGUGUUGAAGAGUUUGUUUAGCUUCUCUUAUAUUAACUAACUUACUUUUUCAAUUUUAUUUUCAGCACCAGUUUUUUGACUGAGAAGUUGACAUUUUAUUUAUUUUAGUAAGAACAGCACAUAGUCCUGUAAUUUGAGUGAAAAUAAAAAGUACAAGUUGCAUU